UCGUUAGCGUAAGGCAUUACGUAUGCCCACAGGCCGAAAUAAACAUCUUACAUCCUGUUUUCUCAAAGAGCCACAACAAAAGAAGUUAUCUCAGUUAAAAGGAGUCUUUUAAUAACCCAAGUCUGACUCAAUAUCCAAACCCAAGUCUCGGACUUGGGUACCCAAUCCCAAACCCAAGUCCAGACUUGGGUUUGGGUUUGUAACAUACCUAGUUCCGUCAAUAUCCCACCUCACAAUAACUCAGCCCUCAGUUUAGUAUUCAUUCUCGUAAUAUUCAACAGAGGAUUCGACAGUUUAUUCCGAUUUUGUCUUCUGCUGUCGGAAAGGUUCAGUGACCCUCAUUAGAACAACUAUCUGAAAGAAUUAUUUACGAUCCAGUUCUGGAAACAUAUAUAGAUGGUACCUGCCAUAAAAUACAAAGACCAAGUAGGAAUGUUCUUAGACGAAUAGCGAGUAGAAAUCGCUAAUCAACUUUUUUUAGUACGACGGUAAAAAAUUUAUUAUUCGGGAAAACAGAAAUAUCACUGGCUACCAUCUACAUUUGCACCCCUGAUCGGCGAUUUGUAUUUUUUAAAACCGGAUAUUUUGGUUCAUAUCAUGAUGCUAAACUGUUUACUCUAGCUAAAGUUGGUGAACAAUGUCCAGUUGCUGAAGGGCCUUGGUUAUUAGGAAAUCGAAGUUUUGCGAAUAAACCACCGGUAUUUACACCAUUCAGAUCAAACGAGCUGCAUCGCGCAGGUUUACCAGAGCAACAGAGGUUAGCUUUCAAUAAUCGACUGUCACUCACACUAUCGCAUUGGAAUUGA